AUGGCCUCCUGCUUCUGGAGUGGUGCUGCGCCGCAAGCAUGGGCGAUGGGAGGUGCUCCUCCAAUGGCGGCGAUGGCAGCAGGGAUGGGCAUCGAUGCAGCUGUUGCCAGCGAAGGCCAUCCAGCCGUUCUGUUCCGGGUUCUUCCCCCCACCCUAUCUUUCCCCAACCUCCCUUCAGGCACUCGUCAUGGCACGAUCGGCAGCAAAGGCCAUCCAACCGUUCUGUUCCGAGUUCUUUCCCCCACUCUCCCCUCUGUCUCCCAACCUCCCUUCAGGCACUCGUCAUGGCACGAGGGGCAGCAACGGCCAUCCGACCCCUCUGUUCCCGGUUCUUCACCCCCUGCGUCUGCCACCGCUGCUACCGCCAGCACCACAGCCACGACCAUCAACACCACUAGCAGCGCCGGCGGUUCAGCUGCCGGUGCAGCGCCUGCCGCUGCUGCUGCUGCCGCUGCUGCUACUUCUGCACCUGCAGCUGCUCCUGCUGCUGCUCCUCCUCUUCCUCCUGCUGCUGCGGGCAGUGCGGGCAGCCUGCCCCCAGUGGCAGCGUCGGCACCGCGGCUGAGCGCACCGGACGACGGGUACCACUGGCACAAGUACGGACAGAAGUGCCUCAUGGAGCGCGAAUACGCCAGGGCGUAUUUCCGCU